CCUCCCUCCCUGGGACGCCUUGUUUUUGCACAGUGCUGGUUGCGGGAGGCGGGAUUGAGAGCCGCCCUCAGGGGUGGGUGCGGGAGGUUGUUUUAUUUACCACCACACUAUCCCCUUUCAACGCUUGUAUGGCGCCCGGCAGGUUGUGGCGAAAGGUGGCCUAUGCCGCCGUGGGUUCGGUGUUUGGCCUGUCCGCUUUCUUCUGCUGGAGCAUCGCCUUCAGGCAGCCGGCUACCGCCGCCUUCGGGGGCCUGUCAGGAGUCCUGGCUAUCUGGAGCUUGGUCACGCACGUGAUGUACGCCCAGGACAUGUGGAGGACCUGGUUGAAAGGCCUGACAGGCUUCCUGGCUGUGGGCGUGUUCUUCGGACUGCUGGCCGUGGCAGGAUUCAUCGCCUUCCUGUCCCUGGCGAUCUCUCGGAAGGAGAGUAUCCUGGAUCCCUGCAGUCACUACCUGACCUGUGUGUGGUGUGUGAUGACCCUGAAGUGGGCGUCAAUCCUCUCCUUCUACGCCCACCGAUACAGCCGAGAGUUCGCCGACAUUCGCAUCCUCAGUGACUUCUGA